AUGCUUUCUCUGAAGAAAUACUUCACUGAAGGCCUCAUCCAGUUCACCAUUCUGCUCAGCUUGAUCGGCGUUCGUGUGGACGUGGACACCUACCUGAACUCGCAGCUCCCUCCUCUCCGGGAGAUCAUUCUUGGCCAGAGCUCCGCUUACACCCAGACCCAGUUUCACAACCUGCGUAACACCUUGGAUGGAUAUGGCAUCCACCCAAAAAGUGUAGACCUGGACUAUUACUUCACUGCUCGCAGGCUGCUCAACCAGGUGCGGGCCCUGGACAGGUUUCAGGUGCCCACCACCGAAGUCAACGCCUGGUUGGUGCACAGAGACCCCGAAGGCUCCGUGUCCGGUAGCCAGCCCAGCGCCGGCAUUGCAUUAGAGAACGGCAGCGGCCUGCAGGAUGGGAGCAAUCCUGACAACGGGGUGAGGGAGAGCGGAGCAGAACAAGGAUUUGGGGAAGAACUGGAAGAUUUGGGAGCGGUGGCUGCCCCAGUGAAUGGAGACCUGACCAAAGAGGACAUCGAUUUGAUUGACAUCCUGUGGAGACAGGAUAUUGAUCUCGGCGCUGGGCGAGAGAUUUUUGACUACAGCCACCGUCAGAAAGAGAGCGAAGUGGACAAAGAGCUGAGCGAUGGGAGGGAGCGCGGGGACAGCUGGAGGAGCGGAGGGAAUGAGAUCUUGGAUAGAAACCUACUAGUUGAUGGAGAGACCGGGGAGAGUUUCCCUGCGCAGGUGCCCGGUGCGGAGGAUCAGACAGCCCUGUCCCUGGAGGAGUGCCUUAGGCUGCUGGAGGCCACCUUCCCUUUCGGGGAGAAUUCGGAGUUUCCAGCUGCGGAUGUCUCCACCCUGAGCGAAGCCGUGCCCGGCGAGAGCAGGUCUGCGGGCAUCCAGACCAGCCUGCUGUCUCCUCUCCUCACCGAGACCGAGUCGCCCUUCGAUCUGGAGCAGCAGUGGCAGGACCUCAUGUCUAUCAUGGAAAUGCAGGCUAUGGAAGUGAACAACACAACCGCAGAAACCCUGUACAACGGCACGAGUGGAGACCUGCUGACUUCUAACUACAGCCUCGCUCCGAACACUCCCAUCAAUCAGAAUGUCAGCCUGCAUCAGGCCUCCCUGGGGAGCUGCUCACAGGACUUCUCCCUCUUCAGCUCCGAAAUCGAAAGCCCCUCCAUGGCUGGCAGCUCGGCCCUGCUCCAGCUGGCGCCGGACAACUCCACCGGCCUCAACACCACCUUCGGCUCCACCAACUUGAGCGGCAUCUUCUUCCCUCCGCAGUUGAACAGCACAGUCAACGAGACGGCUGGCCCCGAGCUGCCAGACCCGCUGGGCGGUCUUCUAGACGAAGCCAUGCUUGAUGAGAUCAGCUUGAUGGACUUGGCGAUUGAAGAAGGUUUCAACCCGGUGCAGGCCUCACAGCUGGAAGAGGAGUUUGAUUCUGACUCAGGUCUUUCUCUGGAUUCCGGCCACAGUCCUGCUUCUCUGAGCAGCUCAGAAGCCUCCUCCUCUUCCUCUUCCUCCUCCUCUUCCUCCUCAUCCUCUUCCUCCUCCUCGUUUUCUGAGGAAGGAGCUGUCGGCUACAGCUCAGACUCUGAAAACGUGGACUUUGAAGAAGCGGAAGGGGCGGUUGGAUACCAGCCAGAGUACAGCAAGUUCUGCCGCAUGAGCUACCAGGACCCGUCGCAGCUCCAUUACUUGCCUUACCUGGAGCACGUUGGCCAUAACCACACCUACAACAUGGCGCCAGGGGCCCUGGAUCCCGAGGAGCCCAAACUGCCCAGCGCCGGCAAGAAGAGCAGCAAAGAGAAGCCGUCCGAGUUCCUGGAUAAGCAGAUGAGCAGGGACGAGCAUCGAGCCAGAGCCAUGAAGAUCCCUUUCACCAACGACAAGAUCAUCAACCUGCCCGUGGAGGAGUUCAACGAGCUCCUCUCCAAGUACCAGCUGAGCGAGGCGCAGCUGAGCCUGAUCCGCGACAUCAGGAGGCGAGGCAAGAACAAGAUGGCUGCCCAGAACUGCCGCAAGAGGAAACUGGACACCAUCCUCAACUUGGAACGGGACGUCGAGGACUUGCAACGGGACAAGUCCAAACUGCUCAGGGAGAAGGUGGAAUUCCUCAAGUCCAUCCGCCAGAUGAAGCAAAAGGUGCAGAACCUCUACCAAGAAGUGUUCGGCCGCCUGCGGGACGAGAACGGCCAGCCCUACUCCCCCAGCCAGUACGCCCUGCAGUACGCCAGAGACGGCAGCGUCAUUUUGAUACCUCGGGCCGUGGCGGACCAGCAGGCCCGGCGGCAGGAGCGGAAACAGAAGGACCGGAGGAAGUGAAGGGAUGGCGACGCGGGAGGAGUGGGACACUCGCUUAAGUGAGAACUGGAGAAGGGCUGAGCCUGGAAGUACUUAGAGGAACUUUCAUGCCUUCUUAUCCGAUAUAUCGUCUCAAAAAAACAAAAACAAACAAACGUGACUGCUGCCGGUCAGUGUACGGGAGAGACUGCGGGACCUGCAGGCUGAGUUUUGAGGGCUCCCUGCGGGGAGGGACGGGGCGGAGCGGACCCUGCACUGGUGAGCCCGGCGCCUUCCACAACCUGGAAUCCUUUGAGCGCAGGAAACGAGCUGGCAUCACUGGUGGUGAGAUUGGCAGAGGUG